CUACAAUCUAAAGUUCUCCAUUCUCACCCAGCCAUUACCGAAUCCUGAAUACAUCAUUAUAUUAUAGCUAUUGAAGAAGAAUUGUUAGCACAAAUGGCGAAGCUGUUAUUUCUACAAGCAAUUAUUCUUUGUCUCCCUCUAAUCAUCUUGACCGUCUCCGCCACCAAAAAAGACACGCAUUUGAUGCUAUGGGGCUGCUCUGCCAGCUCAGACCGCUCUCUCUGUCUCCACUACCUUAGAUCCGACCCGCGAAGCUUUGCCGCUCCGAACUACAUUGAGCUCGGCAAAAUCAUUGCCGGCUUCGCUCUAGCCAAAGCGAACGAAACAUUCUCGUCCGUUAAGAAGAUGGCGGCGGCCGGAAAGCUGAAAAAGGGUGUCGCCGUCGGCCUGGAGACUUGCCGCGGCCUGUACGGUCAGAUCAUCGCCGAGCAUAUCCCCGAUGCGAUUCGCACUGCCGGAAGGAGUGCGGAGGAGGGUAGCCAGCGUUUGGGCGAUGCGAUUGAGGCAGAAAUGGACUGUGAGAAGGGGUUUGGUAAGAAUGGGGUCAAAUCGCCGUUGACCAAAAGGAAUAAUGACUUCAAAGACGUUGUGAUUUUAGCCCAAGAUCUGUGGUUUCUUGUUUGGGGUUGAUCCUUUUUAAAAUCUAUUUAAAAUAAUGACUUCAGUCAUUAUUUUCCGUUUCUGUUUUUAACUAAUAGGUAAUUUCAAAAAAAAAAACUAAUAGGUGAUAAAUAGCUCUAAUUAUAUUUAGUUACAUUUCUAUGGAAGAAUGUCUCUCUACUGAUCUACUCUACCAUUAUAGUUUGUUAACUAAAUUAUGAGAAAUUUGACAAGAUAUGAGUAAAAAUGUGUUGAAA